AUGUCUGUAUAUUUCCCCAUUCACUGCCCUGACUAUCUGAGAUCGGCUGAGAUGACUGAGGUCAUGAUGAACACCCCAUCCAUGGAAGAGAUUGGCCUCAGCCCCCGGAAGGAUGGCCUUUCCUAUCAGAUCUUUCCAGACCCGUCGGACUUCGACCGUUGCUGCAAACUGAAGGACCGCCUGCCCUCCAUCGUGGUGGAGCCCACAGAGGGGGAGGUGGAGAGCGGGGAGCUCCGGUGGCCCCCCGAGGAGUUCCUGGUCCAGGAGGAUGAGCAGGACAACUGUGAAGAGACAGCAAAAGAGAAGAAGGAACAGUAGAGACCCUGUAGGCUCGCCCGGGUCGUGCCAGCCAGCAUACCUGAACUGUUUUUCCCAUCGUGAUGGAAGAAGAGAGUGAGCCACAAUCAUUCUGAAAAACGUCAAAUGAGGCUUCCGUUUUGCACCUGAAAAAUCACCAAGUCCGUUUUCUUUUCUUGUCUUUUUUUUUUUUUUUUUUAAUUCUUUGAGCAAUGGAGCCCUCUGACAACUUGCAAGGCUGAGAAAGGAAGCUGCUGAGAACAGGGGUGUGGGUGGGGGUGUGGGAAAGGGGUGCUGCUUCUGAGAUCCCUAUCUGAACUCCAGUGCCAGAGGCAGUGUGUGUAUGGUGUUGGGGGUUCUGGCUGUGGGGGGCGGGGUGAGCAAGUGAGCAAGAAACAUUUUUGGGUUAAAAAGAAAAACAAAAAACAAACCCCACUUUUUUUUUUUUUUUUUUAAA